UACAAACACAAGAGAUUGGCAAUAGAUGGUAGUAUUUAUCUUCGAAAAUUCGUUUAUGGUAUCAAAGCUACUAAUAAUCAGGGGGAAGUGCAUCCGUAUACACAUAUCCUUGGUUUUUACAGAAUGACAGUACUUUUAAAACAAAAUAAUAUUACACCAAUAUUCGUGUUUGAUGGCAAAACAAGGAUAAAAGAGAAAAGUAAGGAAUUGAUAAGAAGAAGAAAUUUAGCGAAAAAAACUCUAGAGGUAUUGAAAUUUGAAGAAAUUAGAAAUGAAAGAAUAGAAAAAUGGAAAUCAGUUGUUAAUAAAAUGGAAAAAAUGAAAGAUAAUAGUGCUUCAGAAUACAUAACAAUGGGUCUUAGUAAAGUUGUAGAAGAAACGAUUUCAUCUUCAAUGAUAAAAUCUCUAGAUAACAGUACUCACAUUCAUCUUAAUAUUCCACAGAAUAUUAUAUCCCUAACUACGACACGAGCAAUUGAAACUUUGACCGGUAAGAUCUUACAAGAUCUAAUGAAAUUCAUUCAAUUAGAACAGAAUACAGAUUUUGUAGAUUCAUAUUUCGAAAAAUCGUGUAUUGAAGGAUCCGACAAAUUGAUCAAGGAGAUAAGAAGCUUAAAGGGUGAUAAAUCAAGAUACAUAAGGCAAAAGGUUAUACUGGAAUUGCAGAUACCAAUUUUAAUUUAUUUAAUGAAAUUUAUCAGGCAAGUAGUUGAACCUCAAUCGCAUAACAUGAAAGUUAUGCAGAAACAACAAACACAAUUGAUUCGCUUAUUACUUUUAAUCAAAGAAAUAGCAACAAAAAGCCAGGCAAGAAAAACCUCAUCAGUUGAGAGGGUCAAAACAAUUGCAAAUUUGACGGAUGAACAGGUAUUCAAAAAAAAAUAUCCUAAUUUUAAACCUUCAAGCAAUGAAAUAAAACUAAAAAAGAAAAUAAAGGAUAUGGUGAAUACGGCAUUGAAAGAUGUAGUAUCAUUGGCCAAUGAUAAAAGGUUUACAAAAGUACAACGCGGGAUAAUGCAGAUGGAAUACCAACUGGUCGAAUCUUUGUUAGCCGGACAAUUAUCAAAUGAUAUAAUAUUAGAUAUAGAAGCAGAAAGCAAUAGCUUAAUGAAAAGCUUAGGAAAACGAACAAUUAAAGUUACUUGGAAGAUGUAUGAUGAAUGUCAAGAAUUUUUAAAAGCGUGGGGAAUUCCGUGCAUAACAUCAGAAGGGUACGAAGCGGAGGCACUAUGCGCAUCAUUAACAACACACGGCUUAGCCGAUGCAUCAGUGUCAGACGAUACAGAUACCAUAUUAUAUGGUGAUGGACCAGUUGUAAGACAAUUUUUGACUAAAAAAAAUCCGAUUCAAGAAGUUUCACCGAACAAAAUUCGAGAAUUACUUAAUCUUUCACGUGAUGAAUUUAUUGAUCUAUGUAUUCUAUGCGGAACGGAUUUUUCUGGAACAAUCCAAGGGAUUGGACCCACAAAAGCAUUAAAAAUGAUUAGGAGUUAUGGGACGAUAGAAAAUAUCAUAUCAAAACUUGACUCAUAUAAUACGUAUGAAUCAGAUUUUAUGGAAGAAGUUAAAAGUGCAAGAAGAAUUUUCAAAAGUCCACCAAUUAUUUCCUCAAAAUAUAAAAAAAUGUUGGAAGAGAAGGAGGAAAAUGCGGAAUUCCCGAAAUUAUUGAACCAAUUUCAAAUCGAUACUAAUGAUAAGCAUAAUAUGAAAAGGUGA